AGUGCUCUCCUGGCGCGUGCAGCUGAGCUUGCAUCCCAAGGAGCCGUGAACCCCGAAGACGUGUUCGGGUGAUGAAGCGAUAUCCCUCCCAGCCAACCACACUCUCCGAACGCUCCCAGUUUGUGGUGAUGUGGGUAAGAGGCAAGUCCGCCCGAACCAUCGCACGGGAGACUGGCCGCCGCUGUCAUGAGGGCAGUCACGCUGGUGGUGGUGGUGGCGGCGGUGCAGCACACCUGCGUGCAGCUGGCACACGCAAAAUCACUCCGUCCGCACAGUAAAGAAGUGACGGCUUUCCAGUCAGUGGAGUCCAUCACACGACACCUGACGUGUGGACACAUGACGCUGCUGCUGACUGACGGCCACCAGGAGGUAGAGGCGGUGAAGGCGCCGCAGGGCGUCACUGUCUUCCAGGUAGAGGGUGACAACCUGACCGGUAACGCCACGCCGCCUCAGCUGGAGACGACGGUCAAGGAAGUUCGUCAGCUGGCAGAGGCGUGGCACUGCCUGGUGGUGGUGGUGGUGAGUGAUGACUCAGCCUUCCUCGCCGCCUUCGCUCACCUGUCACUCAGGCGUCACGCCCUCAGGUGGUCCACGAGGAUCCUUGUCUUCACUCGCCUCCCUCUCAGCCACCUUGGCGGCCUGCACGGCCUUCUCUCCACCAGGAACGCCAUGCUGCUUCGAGUGCAGAGCACGACAACCAACAGUCAAGUGGGCGUGUUCGUGUGGCAGCCGUAUAGCGCCCCCAGCAGCAUGCCCCUGAGAGUGGCCACCUGGACGCCGCACUCGAGGCUGACUCUCGCCUCCCACGUGUCGCUCUUCCCCGAUAAGUUCUUUGUGUGUGUAUAACAUUCAUCAUUAAAUGUUGAUUUUAUCAGCCAAUAUGUAAACUCUUGAGACUCUAACACGAAACUCCAUGACUCCAAAUGCAAUACAUCAUCUUUACUUGCAUACUUGUAAAGAAGCCUUUCAUUUGCGGCGGCGAG